AUGGAGGUGAUCGAUUCGUGCGUGGCCUUCUUCCAAAACACGCUGGCCAGUCCUUCAUUCCAGUUCCUCGCUGACCUGACGCUGGAUCUGCCGUGCACAUACCACGUGGGAGAUGGAUUCGAGAUUGUGGAGCGUGAUGGGGACGUUCAGAGAUCGAAUGACUUUCCUUUCAGCAAUGUCCAAAGACAGUUCCCCAAUCAAGGUUGCCAGGACGCCAUGUGGGAUUUUGUCGCAUCUUGCCCCAAUCUCUCGUGUCUCUGUAUUAUGGCGAUUCAGUUCCUAGAUGUGGGAAGGUUGGAUUGGAAGAAAUCACACAAUUCCCGCGGUUUGAAAGUCCUAUCUCUGGACCGUGUCUGGGUCAGUGUUGCCGCGAUCAAGUCACUCCUACAACCGCAUUCGACAUCCAGUGCCCCUCCUGCGCUUCGACGUAUUAACCUUUAUGAGGCCAAGAUGCAUAUCGAGGGGGGGACUGGGAGGAUCUGUUUAUUUAUCUCAAAGACAACUGCCCAAGUCUUGAAUGCGGCAGGCUGGGGCAGCUCACUUACUUCGAGGACCACCCUCGGAAUGAUUACAUGGAACAUCAUGAUGAGGAAGAAUUUAAGGGCUGGCGGCAGAGAAUUCUUUCCAGAAAGCCUUGUCGAGUAUUUGGGUUAG